CCUCAACAUAGCAGCAGCUACGUUGUCCCAUGGCUUUCCUGGAGGACGGGAACCAGACUGCAGUGACAGAGUUCAUUUUAUUUGGAUUAACAGAUGACCCAGGCCUUAGAGUCAUCCUCUUCACCAUCAUCCUGUGCAUCUACCUGGUGACUGUGUCUGGGAACCUCAGCACCAUCCUUCUCAUCAGAGUCUCUUCCCAGCUCCAUCACCCCAUGUACUUUUUCCUCAGCCACUUAGCUUCUGCUGACAUAGGUUACUCAUCUACUGUCAUACCCAAUAUGCUCGUCAACUUCCUUGUAAAGAGAAAUACCAUCUCCUACCUUGGAUGUUCUAUACAGUUUGGCUCAGCUGCUUUCUUUGGAGGACUUGAAUGCUUCCUUCUGGCUGUUAUGGCUUAUGAUCGCUUUGUAGCAAUCUGCAACCCACUGCUUUAUUCAACUAAAAUGUCCACACAAGUCUGUGUCCAGUUGAUUGUAGGAUCUUAUAUAGGAGGUUUUCUUAAUGCUUCCUUUGCCACAGUUUCUUUUUUAUUCUUGUUCUUCUGUGGUCCAAACAGAAUCAACCACUUUUUCUGUGAUUUUGCUCCUUUGAUUGAGCUCUCCUGUUCUGAUGUCAGGAUCUCUGUACUUGUUACCUCAUUUUCUGCUGGCACAGUUACUAUGCUAACAGUGUUGAUCAUAUCCAUUUCUUACACCUACAUCCUCAUCACCAUUCUGAAGAUGCGCUCCACUGAGGGUCGACACAAAGCCUUCUCCACCUGCACCUCCCACCUCACUGCAGUGUCUCUGUUCUAUGGAACCAUUACAUUCAUUUAUGUGAUGCCCAAGUCAAGAUACUCCACAGACCAAAAUAAGGUGGUGUCUGUGUUUUAUAUGGUGGUAAUUCCCAUGUUGAACCCCCUCAUCUACAGCCUCAGGAAUAAUGAGAUUAAGGGGGCUCUGAGGAGACAGCUUGGUAAGAAAAUGUUUUCUCAGAGCAAUAUAUUGUUUUUUAAAACUUAACAUAAUAGUGAAAACAAUGGAACUGUCCUCUGAGGUUUUGUUAUUCACCCUCUUCUUACUCUGCUUGUCCUUCUC